AUGACAGUGCCGCGGCUGUGGGGCUGGGGCUGGACGCAUCCUGUGGCCGCCACAGCGCAAGCCUGCUUUUCCAAUCUCUUCAGUUCUCUUCGGAGUCUCGCAUCCCCAUCUCCCCAAUUUUCUGCUCUCCUUCCGCGCCUUGGUGCUCCUCUCUUGUGGCCCACCUCUCCCCGGACCUCGCCCUUAGGAUCCGUGCCUCCCCCUCCAGGCACACAGGCUACACGUUUGCCCACCUCCAUCUCCCCUCUGCUGUUCCUCAGUCGCCUCCCCUUUCCCCUCGCUGAGUCUCUGGUUUGCUGUGCAGUGACUUGCAGGCCGCAGUUCCCUCUCUCCCAUCCUCACCGAGGACCCCACAGCCUUUGCUAUAACCUCACAGCACUGUCCCAGGAUGGGUCUGUGCAAUUGAGGUUUGUCGCUCAGGGCUAUUUGGAUGGUCAGCCCUUCCUGCACUAUGAGCAUGGGAAAGGCAGGGCUGAGCCCUGGAGGACGUGGGCAGAAGCGGUCCUGGGAGCUGAGACAUGGGACACAGAGACCGAGGCCCUGACGGAGAUGGGGAAGGACCUCAGAAUGGCUCUAGCAGACAUCAUGGCCCUGCAGACUCUGAAAAGAGGCCCACAUGCCCUCCAGGAGAUUUGGGGCUGUGAGAUCCAGCCUGGCAGCAGCACCAGGAGCUUCAGGCAUUUCUACUACGAUGAGGAGCCCUUCCUCUCCUAUCACCCAAAGACCCGUGGGUGGUCAGUGAUCUGGUCGUCAGUCCAGACAUUGGCUUCAGAAAUCCAGAAGUCCUGGGACACAGAUGGUUUUCAAAGCAAGGACUACUGAGCCCAUGUGCAAGGACAGCUUUGUGGAAGCCUGCAGAGACAUCUGCACUCCUCGAUGGGCUUCUCGGAGAGAACGGUGCCCCUGGCAGUGAAUGUUACAUGCAGCCAGGCCUGUGAGGGCAUGGUCACCCUGACGUGCUGGGCUUUCAGCUUCUCCCCCGGGAACAUUUCCCUGACCUGGUUUCAGGAUGAGGAACCCCUGAGCCAGGACACCCAGCAGUGGGGGCAGGGGGUCCUGCCUGGUGGGAAUGAAACCUGUCAGACCUGGGUGGCCAUAAGCAUUCGCCAGGGAGAGGACCCAAGGUACAUGUGCUACGUGGAACAGCGCACACCCUGUGCCCUCUGGUGAGCCCAGGCUGACCUAGGCAGGUGGGAAGAGGAGAGCAGGCCUGUGGCUCUGGGGUGUCCCACCUACAAUGAGGCUCUUUUGCAGGAAAAGCACUGGUGCAUUGGAGUGGGUAGAUCACUGUGAGCGCGGCUGCUGCUGCUCUUGCUGUCACAGUGGGUGUUGUGGGUGCCCUUUGGUGUGCAAAGAGAAGAGAACCAGCUGAGGACAGCCCAGAUUCAGCAGGGUUUGUCUUGAUGGACUCUCUUGGGGAUCAUUGUACUUAGUGCUAUAAGGAAGCAAGACAAUUAUCCAAGAUGUCCAAAUACAGUGUCACCACAUGGUGCUGCACCUACUGUCUGUCAAGUGCCUUGGGAGCCCUGACUCUUGACAGGCAGAUCAAUUUUGGGCAGAGAUAUUGGUCAUCUCUCCACCAUGUGGCUCUUCAGAUUCUCCUGUAGGAACUGGAUCCUCUUACCCUUUGAGUCACACCUAGCCUGCACUCUUUUGAAGUUUCCCAUGAUGUGUUGUUGUUCAUCUCGGUGCUUCCCUUCAGAAAACACGGGCAAGCAGACCUGCACUGACCAUUUCAGGACACCAGUCCAUUCUGCAGAGGACUCUAGUUAUUGCCUCCAAGUCUUUUCCAGUGCAGCCCCUCAUGAGGCACAGCCCAGACCAUUUACAGAGGGACACUUGGCCAGUGCUCUUGCACCAUGAAGUUGCCUUAUCAAAGGAAUUCUUGUAUCUUAGGGUGGUCAGUGCAGAGUGAAUUUGCAGUAAUGGAUAGCAGAAAACAAUUUUUGCUCCACAGCCUGAUUGUUUGAAAGAAGAUUCACCCAGUAUCUUUUAGGGGUUCCUGGACCCAAUUCCAACAGGCCCUAUCAACCCCAAGUAAUUCUGAGACAGGAUAUCCAAGAAUUAAAACCAAUUCUGAUACUACCUGCCUAGAGAUAGCAUCAGAUUCCACAGGUUAAGGGCUCAAUCCUGUAGGACUGCCUCUUACCCCCACUUCAGAUGCCAGUUGCAAGCCCCAGGUUGUUUCCUGUGCUCCUGACUGACUGAAGGUUCCAAAGACCCCCUCCUUAGCUUUGAUGAAUUUACUAGAAUGGCUCACAGACCUCAGGGAAACACUUAGGUAUUUAGUAAAGGAUAUAUAAAGGAUACCAAUCAAUAGGUAGAUGAAGAGUUACAUAGGUUGAGGUCCUAAACAAAGUAACCUCUAUCCUCAUGGAACUUGGGGCCUGGCUUGGUAGCACCUGGAGUGUUCUGGUUCCCCAAGCUUGGAAGCUCUACGAAAACAGUGGAUCAAAAAACUGUCCUCUUGGGUUUUUAUGGAGGCUUCAUUACUUAUUAAGUCAUUGGCUAUUGGCUGAUUCAACCUCCAGUCUCUCCCCUUCACCAAAAAUCCAAUCACAUAGUUGGUCCUCCUGGCAACGAGCCCUUGCCCUCGGGUAGGUCUAGAAUCAUCUUCAUUAAUAACAAGACAUCCAUUUCACCUUUAUGGCUCUGAAGUGUUUUCAGGAGCUGUGGAUGAAGACCAAAUAUAUCUGAGAAAUAGAUUUUGGACAUCUGAAUGACCAAAUACAUAUUUCUUACAAAUCAUUUGAUCACGUGGUGUAAGUGUGUAAUUCCAUAAUUUUUAGGACCUUUAUAGACCUUAUAAUCCAGUUUUAGAACCCUUCCAUCACCCCAAGGACAUCCUCUGACCCAAUUGGUACUCAGUCUCCAUCCACCCAUAGCCCCGGCAACCACGAAUUUGCUACUCUUCUCUCUAGAUUUGCCUUUCCUGGACAUUUCAUAUAAAUGGAACUCUACAAUAUGUACUCUUAUUUUGCUUCUGGUAUGAAGUUUUUGAAGUUUAUUCAUUUUGUAAUGUGUAUCCCUGGUUCUUUUCUUUUUACUGCAGAUGGACCACGUUUUGUUUACCCCUUUAUCAGUUGAUGUGCUUUCAAAGUGUUUCUUAUAUUUUUGGCUAUAAUCAGUAAUGCUGCUAUGAAGUUCCAUGUACAGGUCUUUGUGUGAACAUAUGUUUUUCAUUUCUCUUGGGCAGAUAUCUAGAAGCGGAAUUGCUGUGCUGUGCCGUAUGUUUAUGCUUAACCUUUUAGGAAUCCAACAAAACAUUUUCCAAAAAUUACUAUUUUAUUUUACACGUUCACAACAAUGUAUGAGGAUUGCGGUUUUUCUGUAUCCUCGGCAAUACUUAUUUUGUUCUGUAUUUUUUGGUGUUGCUGUUCUGAUGUGUAUGCAGUGGUAUCUCAGUAUGGUUUUAAUUUGCAUUUCCCUAAUGACUAAUGAUGUUGAUAACUUUUUGUAUGCUUAUUGUAAGCUAUUAGUAUAUCUUCUCGAGUGAAACAUCUGUUUACAUCUCAUACUCAUUUCGAAUUUGAGAUUAAAAAAAUUUUUUGAGAUAGUUGUAGAUUCACAUGCAUUUUAAAGAAAUAAUACAGAGAAGUUUUGUGUGUAUAUUUCACCUAGUUUUCUCUAAUGGUAACAUCUUGCCUAACUUGAGUGCAAUAUCACAGGCAGGAAGUUGACACUGAUAAAAUUAAUCAGAUUUCACCAGUCUUAUAGGCACACACGUGUGUGUAUGUCGGUGUGUAUAUAAUUAGCUCUACACAGUUUUGUCAUGUGUAGGAUCAUGAGACCAUCAGCACAGCAAAAAUGCAGAGCAGUUCCAUGCAAGGAUCCUUUGUGCUACCCUUUUAUAGGUAUGCCAAAAGAGAGGUUGAGGAAGGAUUAAGUGCAGAGAUAAGGGGAAAACUGUACCCACCUCCUUCUCCCCUCUUCUAACCCUGGUAAUUAAUAAUCUGUUCUCCACCACUAUAAUUUUUGCCAUUUGGAGAAUGUUAAACAAAUGGAAUUCUACAGUAUGUAACCUUUGGAGAUUCACUUUUCUUCACCCAGCAUGAUGUCCUUGAGAUCCAUCCUUGAGUUUAAUUUCCUAACUGGAAAGCCCACCAGGAAGCUCAGGUGACCAGCAGGCCCAGUCUAGAAAAACCUGUGUCCGCCACAGGCUGGCAGGUUGAGGUCAGUGCAUGUGGCUGAGCAGGGCCAGCAAGGAGGCCUAACAGCGAAGGGAGAGGGAACUGUGUGUGUGACCACUCCUGGCCCUGGGCGAGGAUGGGGCCUCUCUUUCAGGGGGGCCUUGUGCUGUGUGGGGGAUGGGUCAGGGCUUGAGAGGAGGGGAGAACAUUGGGUUUCCACUCCUGGAUGUUGUCCUUUAGUCCUGCGGCCUUUUGAACAUGAUGCAUGGUGGGUGAUGGGAGCAGAGGUAGGUGUGACGGGGAUGGAGUCAUGGGAGACCAGCAAGGGCUGGGCAAAGUGUGGUGAGAUGGAGGAAAGUGGGGCAUUAUUUUCCCUGAGCCCAAGUCAAGCCCCAAAAUCUGGAGAGUCUGAGGAGGGAGUAUCUCUGAGAGGACAGAAUGAUAUCGCCCCCCAAUUAACUCUUUGCUGUUAAUGAUCAUUUUUUCUUUUAUCUCUUUCCCCAGAACCUGUGAAGCUACAAGUCCAGUGAUAACACCAGGUGGCGCCAACAGACUACAAUGGCCCCACCGCUGAGCUUUCAAUCCUUGUCCAGCGCCUCAGUCCAGAUGGAUCUGGGGGAGCACAGAAUUUACAGCCAGGCGGCCUGGAUUCAACUCACUGCCCUGCUCUUACUCGCACUGUCUUUCUUGCUACCUCAGUUUCUCCAUCUGUGAAAUGUGAGGACAUUGCAGCACUUACCUCUAGGGCAGAAUUUCUCAACACUGGCACCAUUAACACUUUGGGCCAGAAAAUCCUUGCUAAGGGGGCUGUCGCAUGCAUUGAGGAGUGUUAACAGCAUCCCUGACCUCUCCCACUAGAUGCCAGUAGCACCCCACGUUACAUCCCCAUCCAUCGAGUGUGACAGACACUUAAAUAUGUCUUACGUCUCCAAAAUCUCCCAAGGCUGAGAAUCAAGGAGGUGUGGCCAGGCCAGAAACUCUGCUUUUCUGGGUCUAUCUGGGCCUAAAGCAGGACUGGGUCAUGAGUUUUCACCUGGACAUGUGCGCUCAGCUUUGACUUUGGUCCAAAUAAGGCCUCUUUACCCCUAUUUUUUUGUCAUUAAAACUCUAUCCACCUUUAAAAUGAAACAGACUUCCCCCUUAUCUCUGCAUUUAAUUAUCCUUCUGUACCCUUUCUUUUGGUAUAUCCUAGAAUGUAUCAAAUCCAGUUCUAGUAAUUAGCAUACCUGACAUGUCCUUCCUGAGUAGAGUUCUGAUUCCUUUAGAAUAAGAAUAUGCUCUCGAGUCUGCUAUCCAGGUGGCCUAACUCAAUUUGUUUUAUGUUACUUCUCCAGGAUGAGGAUUCUCCUCAUCUUUAAAUUAUGAAUAUGAAUACUUGAAUCAUUCAGCAGUUUAUUUCUUCUUUUAAUAAAUAUUUAUAGAACACCCACUACAAGUCAAAUAUCGUGGCAUUAUAUUGUUUCAAGGAUCACAUCAGAGCAAAUAAACUGUAUUAAAGAUGUCGUAAGCUAUCUACAUGUGCUCUAUGUCUAAGGAGAUUCACAUCCUGCAAUAUUUCUCAAAGGUAUGUACUUCUAAGUCUGUGUGGAUUUUUAUCAGUGUUUGUGUAGUAUUUAUUUGUCCACCCUUUUACUGGCAACCUUUCUGUGACUUACUGCUGAAAGUAUGUCUUUUGUAAACAGCAUAUGGUAUUUAUUUAUUUUUACCCACUUGACAAUCUAUGUAUCU